CAGACACGCUCCCUCUCAGAUCACUGCCAAGAAAAAUGACUGCUGGUUCAGUAUCAGUGCCUCAGAUUAUACCACUUCGACUCCCUUUGCCUGGGAAGGCUAAACAUGAAAUAGACACAAAUACAUUUGUAGAAAUAAAAUCAGAUACUCCCGAAGUCACUAUAUAUUACACUUUAGAUGGAAGUAAACCUGAACUCUUUAGAAGACCUGGCUAUAGUGAACAUAACACGUUUAAGUACAAGGGACCUAUCACAUUACCUGAUGGGAAAAUAACAGUAAAAGCUUUGGCAGUCACCAAAGACUGCAGGGAGAGUGCCAUUGUAACCAAGAUAUUUCUGGUAGAAUAUGAGCCACCAAAAGUACUCCUUGCUGAUGAAGAUAAUGAUGAAAAUUUCCUGAAAGACCUCUCCAAUCAGGAGCUGGAAGAUGGACGGCCUGUCACAAAAUUAAAAAAGAAAGGAGUGAAUGUGGAAAGCAAAUCCAGCUGUAAUGAUACAGCCCAAGAAUUUCAAGACUUGGAGGUAGAGAGAAGAACUGUCCCCCAGUCUUUGAAAGGGUCACAGUCCUUAAAUGGUCGUCUGGAAACACCAGGAAACAGAGAAAAGUCGAUCUCAGCACUACCAGCACACCAGUCCCAGUUAAUGAGUUCUGCAGUGUCUAGCAGGAAAAAUCUAACAAGCACACAGGCAAUGAGAAUCCAGAGGGAAACAGACUUCCUCAAGUGUGCAAAUUGCUUAGCUCCUCGCCCAUCUGAUCCCUUUGCUCGCUUCUGUCAAGAAUGCGGUUCUCCUAUCCUGCCAGUGCCAGGGGGUCGCCUUCCACCGCCUGAAGGAGCUCAGAUGGGACUAUGUGUCGAAUGCCGAACUAUGGUGCCAAUGAACACCCCCACUUGUAUCGUAUGUGAGGCCCCCAUAGCUCCACAGCUGCAGCCCCAGGCCAGCAUCUGCUUAAAGGGCAAGAUAAUCUGUCGGAUGUGUGGCACCGGAAAUCCUAUUCACAUAAAACACUGUGUGACUUGUGAAAGCAGACUGCCUGAAACACAGACGCCUGCACUCGGCGGAGAUAUACCUCCACCUUUAUCUAGUCAUCGAGGGAAAACAAUAUCUUGCUCAAAAUGUGGCCGUGAUAACCCCUGUGAUGCUCGUUUCUGUGACUGGUGUGGAGCCAAGCCAGGUCCCCCUCCAAGCUUAUUCACUUGCUUCAAGUGUGGUGCAAGCAACCACCCAUAUGCCAGAUUCUGUGGAUCUUGUGGUGUUUAUAUUGAGCCUCCAUCAAGACUAGGCUCUGAGAAUAGCGUGCUGUUGGGUGCUGGAGAUACCUCUGUGUUUUCGGAGGGUAAAGGAUUACAGACUCGAGCUGCCUGGGAGCCUCUGGGGGUUUCAUUAUCAAAGUCAAGACUAGAUAGAACAGGAAGAAAAGAGAAAGGAACCCAGACUAUUGGCCUGUUCUAUCCAUCCAGCAAACUCUUGGAGAAAAAGGAACUUGAGCUGAUUUCUCAAAAAGAAAAGCAGGAGAAGAUGAGUGAUCACAAGCCACUGCUCACAGCCAUCAGUCCUGGAAGAGGGUACUGGAGAAAACAAUUAGAUCAUGUCUGUGCUCAUCUUAGAAGCUAUGCUCAGAACAACCCAGAGUUCAGGGCUUUGAUUGGAGAACCUCGAAUGGGAAAGAUUAUUUCUGCAACAGUCCAUGAGGAUGGUUAUGAAGUCAGUCUCAGAUUAAAUUAUAUUCUUGCCAUAAACAAGGAUAUUCUCAUUGGUAAGCCAAUGACCUCUGACGAUGAUUAUCUGAGCACUGUGGCAGAAGGCAGAGAUGGACUGUAUGAUAGUCAGGCUAGUUUGGAGUGUGAAGAGGGUCACAACAUCUCAAGUUCCAGAGAAAAAGUAAAAAGAACAAAGAAGACAAGGAAAUUUCUAGAAAAAGAAGAUAAGCUAUCUCCAGAGUCCAGACAGUUACUGAAAGAAGUGGGUCCAGAGGGGGAAGGAAGAAUUUCAUUGGUAGAACAACUGCUUGAUGAAGGAGCUGAUCCCAACUGCACCAACAGUGAAGGCCGACCUGCUUUAACAGUUGCUGUCCUAAACAGACAUGAUGAAGUGGUUCCAGUUCUCGUGCAGAAAGGUGCCGAUACCGACCAGCAGUCAGGACCGCAUAACAACACAGCUCUGCAUGAAGCAGCUUUGCUUGGAUUAGAGGGAAAGAAAUGCAUCAGUGUCUUAUUAGGCUGCAAUGCAAACAUUAAAAAGAAGAAUGAAAAAGGGCUAUCAGCAUAUGACUUGGCACUGAAGACUGGGAAUGAGGAAAUAAUUUCAAUGUUCGCUAGCAAGAUCGGGCAGGGAAUGCUGGACAAACUGACCAAGCCCAAGAAUAUCAGUCUGGCCCUAGCUUGAUUGUAGCUUUCUUAUCCAAUGUGCUGGAUGUGUUUUUUUUGUUUUAAGUCUUCAAAUACAAAACACACACCCUGACUCCAAGGGCUUAGAAUCAAGCAAGAGGCUGACUACUUGUGAUCUUGAUAUCAAAAAGUAUCUUAUACUUGUAAAAACGACAGGAUUGAGCCCAAGACAGUAACUGUGCCUUUUAGAUUAGGAGGAUGUUGGAAAUCUUAAAUGGAUUAUUCACCACUUCCACAGUGGUACCCCAAAACAGCAUUUACUAUGUUUAACUCAUUUUAAAGUAAAAAAAUGAAUUGUUAACUAUUCUUGUAGGAGAGUGUUACAUUUCACCAUACAAUACUCAAUCUGAGCAGUUCAGUAAGUCAUUGGGGAUUAAGUUGCCUUUAGACGUGUCAAUGUGAGAGUUUCAAAGGAGAUCUAAGAGAUUUAGGAACACAAACCUCAUUGAAAGCCAAGCGGAAGCAUUCCAAGUCAAUGGUAGCUGCAAUCCUAAAUCCCUGAAGUGAUUUAUAAAAAUCCCCCCCUUUGUUUAUAAGUACACAUUCCUUUGAUCCUUCCAUGAACCUUCCAUGAAAGGGAUCAGAACUACCACCACCACGCAGGCACAGACAGCUCUAGAGAA